AUGGGUGUCAUUGCCAUGAUUGAGGUCCUUCAGAUCGUGGAGUAUAAGAGAGAAAUAAGGAAGAAGUGCAUGAUGGCAGCGCCAAAGGGCACACUGACAUUUAGAAGAUGGAAUGAAGAAGAUAAGCCCAUAGAGGAGACAGAGAAGGAAGGACCACAGAAGGUCAAGGCUACCAGCGGCCUUCACCGAGAGCUGCGGAAUGAGCAGCAACUGCCGUGGGAGGAGCCAGAGAUGCUUCGGGAGGAACAGAAGUUGCUGCAAGGCCAGCUGAGCCGGCACCCGGUGCUGCUGCUGAAACCAAAGACAGAGGGGCGGCACUCAGGCCGCACUAGGUGGGGGAGCUCCAGAGGCACACCCUUUCUAACCCGGAGCCCAGCAGCUUUCAGCUCCAGGCCCAGAGCCUUGAGCGGGACGACCCAUUCUUUAAGGGCCCCAAGAUGUUCCUGAGUGACCUGGAAGGACUUGUAAGAGUGGUAGGAUGACGUCUUCUUUGCUCACCUUCCCCUCCAAGGUCCCCGUUUCUGGAUCCCCUGCCCCUCCCUUCUUGAUCUAGCUGGUAUUUGCCCCCCUACUGAGGCUUGUCACUGCCUGUCCCUCCCUACCCACCAAUAAAUAAAUAAAAUGGUU